GGCUGGGCCGGGCCAGGCCGGGCUGGCGCGUGGACCCGGGCCCGACAGCUCUAAUUGCAGCGCUCCUGUUGAUGAUGAUUUUUUUUUUUUUUUUAAAUCACAGCAGCCCCCAGUUUAGCGGACUGAUUUACUCCGGGUAUUGGUAAAUAUGAUCACGUGGGCCGCGCGACCAAUGGUGGUGGCUGCAGCCUGCGAACUAGUCGGCGGCUCGGGCGCCGGCGAAGAGCGGCUCGGCGGCGGGCAGUGUAACCUUGGGUGGGAGCGCGCGGCGCCUCAACAUGUCGUCCAGUGGCACCCUCAGCAACUACUACGUGGACUCGCUCAUAGGCCAUGAGGGCGACGAGGUGUUCGCCGCGCGCUUCGGGCCACCAGGGCCGGGGACACAGGGCCGGCCCGCAGGUGUGGCCGAUGGCCCGACCGCCGCCGCCGAGUUCGCCUCGUGUAGUUUUGCCCCCAAAUCGACCGUGUUCUCCGCCUCGUGGUCCGCGGUGGCCGCCCAGCCCCCGGCGGCGGCGACGAUGAGCGGCCUGUACCACCCGUACGUGUCCCCGCCACCCCUGGCCACCGCCGAGCCGGGCCGCUACGUGCGCUCCUGGAUGGAGCCCCUGCCCAGCUUCCCCGGAGGCUCGGGGGGUGGCGGUGGCACUGGUGGUGGCGGUGGCGGAGGCCCGGGUCCCGUUCCCAGCCCCGGCGGUCCAGCCAACGGGCGCCACUACGGGAUUAAGCCUGAGACCGGAGCGGCCCCGGCCUCCGCCGCAGCCUCCACCUCCUCCUCCACCUCCACGUCCUCCUCCUCCAAACGGACUGAGUGCUCCGCCGUCCGCGAGUCCCAGGGGAGCGGCGGCCCAGAAUUCCCGUGCAACUCGUUCCUGCGGGACAAGGCGGCAGCGGGAGGGAACGGGCCCGGGGUGGGGAUCGGGGCCGGGCCUGGGGCGGGAGGCUCGUCCGAGCCCUCAGCUUGCAGCGAUCACCCGAGCCCGGGCUGCCCGCUGAAGGAGGAGGAGAAGCAGCCGCCGCAGCCGCCGCAGCAGCAACUUGACCCAAACAACCCCGCAGCGAACUGGAUCCACGCUCGUUCCACCCGGAAAAAGCGCUGUCCCUACACCAAAUACCAGACGCUAGAACUGGAGAAGGAAUUCCUCUUCAACAUGUACCUCACCCGGGACCGGCGCUACGAGGUGGCCAGGAUUCUGAACCUUACAGAGAGACAGGUCAAAAUCUGGUUCCAGAACCGUAGGAUGAAAAUGAAAAAGUUGAGCAAGGAGAAAUGCCCCAAAGGAGACUGACCCAGCCGGCCCCGGCCUGAAGUGCUCAGAGGCAGCCGGUUUUGGGUUUUUGUUAAUUUUCCCCCCCUCUGUGGGUGCUUGAUUCAGAAACUCUCCAGCAACUCGGACUUUUUUCUUCUUUUUUAGGUAGAAGUGACUGUGUGGUUGGUCUCUGUGAGUUAUUUGAGGGACACUGUAUUUGCUCGCAUAUGUACUGGAGAAACCAAGUGGCUUUGGAGUUUUGUCUUAUUCCGCCCCCUCCCUUUCCUACUCUGUUGGUUCCUUAGGAAAUGAUAUAUUUUGUAAGUGCACGCAGGCUUAAUGAAGCCCUCUCCUGUGUAAA